CCCCGCCCCCCGCCCUCCCACUCCCGCUGGGGGCGCGCAGGCCCCUCCCCGGCGAGCCGCCGCCCACCCGCCCGGUGACCAUGAUAGUGUUCGUCAGGUUCAACUCCAGCCAUGGGUUCCCGGUGGAGGUGGACUCCGACACCAGCAUCUUCCAGCUCAAGGAGGAGGUUGCCAAGCGACAGGGCGUUCCGGCUGACCAGCUGCGGGUGAUUUUUGCAGGGAAGGAGCUGCGGAAUGACCUGACGGUGCAGAGCUGCGAUCUGGAGCAGCAGAGCAUCGUCCACAUCGUGCUGAGACCCCAGGGGCGAGGAGAUGGAAGGGACCCCCUGGCAGGCCUCGGCCCACGCAAGGCUCUCGGCCGCUUGGCCAGGGAGCCGGAGAGCUUGACCCGCGUGGACCUCAGCGGCACUGUCCUGCCGGCGGACUCCGUGGGGCUGGCCAUCAUCCUGAAGGACGACAGCAAGCCGGACAUCCUGCCCCGGGGAAGGCCAGGCCGGCCGCCCUACAACAGCUUCUACGUCUUCUGCAAAGGGCCCUGCCAGAGAGUGCAGCCCGGGAAGCUGAGGGUGCAGUGCGGGACCUGCCACCAGGCCACGCUCACCCUGGCCCAGGGCCCUUCUUGCUGGGAAGACGUCCUGGUCCCCAACCGACUGAGUGGCGAGUGCCAGUCUCCAGGCUGCCCCGGGACCAGAGCGGAAUUCUUCUUUAAAUGUGGAGCGCACCCGACCUCGGACAAGGAGACAUCCGUGGCCUUGAACCUGAUCACCAGCAACAGUCGCUCCAUCACCUGUAUCGCGUGCACCGACGUCAGGAGCCCGGUGCUGGUGUUCCAGUGCAAUGACCGCCAUGUGAUCUGCCUGGACUGUUUCCACCUCUACUGCGUGACGAGACUCAACGACCGGCAGUUUGUCCAUGACCCACAGCUGGGGUACUCGCUGCCGUGUGUGGCCGGCUGCCGAGACUCCCUCAUCCGAGAGCUCCAUCACUUCAGGAUCCUUGGAGAAGAGCAGUACAACCGGUACCAGCAGUAUGGUGCGGAGGAGUGCGUCCUGCAGAUGGGAGGCGUGCUGUGCCCCCGGCCUGGCUGCGGGGCAGGGCUGCUUCCAGAGCCCGGAGUGAGGACCGUCACCUGUGAAGAAGGCAGCGGCCUGGGCUGUGGGCUCGUCUUCUGCCGGGACUGCAAGGAGGCCGCCCACGAGGGAGACUGCAGCGCCGUGUACGAGGCCGCAGAGGCGGCUGCUCAGGCCUACAGAGUGGACGAGGAGGCCGCUGAGCAGGCCCGCUGGGAGAAGGCCUCCAAGGAGACCAUCAAGAACACCACCAAGCCGUGCCCCCGCUGCCGCGUGCCCGUGGAGAAGAAUGGAGGGUGCAUGCACAUGAAGUGCCCUCAGCCCCAGUGCCAGCUCGAGUGGUGUUGGAACUGCGGCUGCGAGUGGAACCGCGUCUGCAUGGGGGACCACUGGUUCGACGUGUAGCUGCGCCCGCUGGACACCCCGCGCCUGCCCGCGGCCCCCACGCCCAUGUGUCCACGCACCCACAUGCACAAUCAGCUACGGAAACCGUCACACACAUGCCCAUCCCCGCCGCCAAGUCUUUGCCCACGUCACCAGGCCCCUUCUCCUCCUCUGCAGUGCUGCUGAGGGCGAGAGCCCAGAGGCAGAGACCCCCACCCCGCCCCGCCUCACCUGUCGGGGGGCUUGGGUUUGCUGCCUGGCUCCACACCCGAAAGCCCAGCCUGAGCCAACCGGCCGCAGCAGCGAUUCACAUCCCCAGCCUCAGGGAGACCCCUCAGCGCACAAUCCAAAUGCAGUUCUCUGCUUUCUUCCUGGCGCUCAUUUUUGGGCGAAUGGAGGCAGAUGGGGGCCUCCCGGAGAGGGAUCUCCCGGGUUUAACACCUUCAGGGUGUGUUGGGGAAACGCCCCCUCCGCCCCCCUUGUUGGACAGGGCACCGCUGUCCUAUGGCCCCUGUGAAGAACAAUGCUUUCAAGAACAAUGUUCUUCCAGUGCUUUCAAGAACAAUGUUCUUCCUCGACAGAGAUCAUCAAAACUAGUGUUUGUCCCCAAAGUCUCGCUUCUAUAUAUUACUCAGGUGAAAAAAAAAGGCUGUGUUUCUCUACAAAUCUCGGCCCCGACCCCUUUUCUGUUGUUCGGUGCCCACAGGCAGCGGUGCUCAGGGGUUGGUUACUCCUGGCUCUGCACUCAGGAAUUACUCUUGAUGGGCUCAGGGGACCCUGUGGGGAGCCUGGGAUCAAACGCAGGUCAGCUGCGUGCUCUAUAUCAUUCUGGCCCCCAGAAGUCCCUUUCCCUUACACAGGAAGCUGCAAGGCUGAUGACAUGUUGGGCCUUUAAACCACAGGGAAGAGGGCAAACAUCGUAUUCCACUUGACAAUUUUAGCUUUAGAACUUGUAUUUUUUUUUGUUUAAAGUACUGCAAAAUCUAUAUUUUGCUUUUACACUUUCAUUUUUGCAGCCUAGACAAUAAGCUGACAUGUUUGUCCCACUGUGAACGUAAUGAAUAAGAUGCCUGCAAGAGACACUUUUAGAAAUGAAUUCAUCACAGUUCUCAAUGUCAAGCAAAGUGCAGGUUAUUGGGGCAGCGUCGGGGCGGGAGUGAGCCCACCCCCUCUCUGAGACUGUCCCAGAGGAUUGCUCCUCAGUGUGGGAAAAGACAAUCAGCCACUUGCCAUCCAUUGUCACACUGGGCUGGGGUGGGUGCUGAGGGAGGGUGCUGAGUCUGCAGGAGGAAGGGCACCCUUGGAAACCUGUGGAG